UAUCCUGCUUGCACCUUUGGAUUGGCCGGCGCGUCUGCGACUCCAGCCCCCUCCGCAUCCGACGUUUAUAUCCCAGAACACUCGGCGCAAAACCGCAGUCCGCACCAAGCAGCCGUUCUCCACAGGACUAACAAACGAUCGCACGGUGCACAUCAGAUAGACGCAAUGAGGCACGUCACGCUAAUCGCGUGCUUGGCUGCCCUGACAGCCUGCACUCACGCUUCGGAGUGGGCCUGGGGCUCGAGCAAGGGUGAAACCACCCAGCCGCCCUCGGCCGCAGCCGACUCUGCAAAACUGACCAAAGCCAUUUUUGUGCCUUCGGCGCAGGAGAGCAACAACAACACUGAUUCCAUCAUUGAAACCAUCGUCAGGUCGGGACGCGAAGGACGCACUCUUGGCGAAGAUGCAUAUCAGCAGGUGGCAAGCGAGCCCGCUUUCAAGAGGGCCAUCGCCUCCGGAGAUGACGCUCAGGCCAGACAGUUUGUCAGGGAGCGCCUCUGCCACCUUGGACUGAUGAAUUGUGACGGAGCUGAAGGCAAGGGUUACAUUCAGCCGCAAGAAGUUUUCUACGCUCAGCCCGUUGCCAUCAAGCCCGUCGGAGAGCCCAUUCCCGCCGUUCCCGUCCGUCAACCUCACGCCUACAAACCCCCCUUCCCCGGUUCCAAUCCUGGACAUUUCCCUCCACCCAACGGCGGUCACGGCGGUCCCGUUUACAGCAACUACCCUCGUCCUGGUGGCUACCCUUCCAACUUCAAGCGUCCUCCACCCAUCAACGGCGGAAUCUACGGCCCUGCCAAGCCCGUUCCCUUCCCUGGUGAUGAAUUCCUCAACAAGAAGACCCAGCACAAGGAACUCGUUUCCGGCGUUAAUGGCCCUGUUCAGCACGUCCACCACCACUAUCAUCACGGAGGCCCUGGCGGCCCCGGCGGCGCCAUCUCAGGCGCAGGCCCCAUCGGUGGCGGUCUGCCUUUGGGCGGAGGACAACAUUUGGGCGGAGGACAACAUUUGGGCGGAGGACAGCAUUUGGGCGGAGGAUCCUUCAACGGCGGCGGACAGAAUUUCGGUGGAGCUGGAGGUGUUGGUGUCUACCCUGGUUUCAGCAAAGCCCCUCCUCCAAUCUACGAGCCCGAACUGGAAGCUGACGAACACAACUCUGGCUUCUCAGCAUCCGGUGGUGAAUACGGCGCUCCUUUCUACAAGAAGGAACUCAACCUGAACAACAACAAAAAGCAAAUCUACGGAGCUGCCGCCACCAACCUCAACAACUACGCUGGACAGAGCGGUAGUUUUGCCGGACAGAGCGGUAGUUUUGCCGGACAGAGCAACAGUUUUGGAGGACAGAGCAGUUUGGCCGGACAGAACAAUUUCGGCGGACAGAGCAACUAUGCUGGAAAUUACAAUGGUUACGAGUCUCCCAGAUCUGACAACUGCUACUGCGUGCCUGUUGACCAGUGCCCUGCUCAUGAGGUCAUUGGCCGCAAGGAGGACAACCCUGCUUCUCUGAUCGACCCCAGGAAUGUCGCCACCGCCAUCGAGGCUGAAGAGCCCGCCGAUGAGGAAAACAAGGAACAGGUCAAGCGCGAGGACCCUGAAGCUAAAAAUGUCACCGAAUCCGCCAACAGUACCACCUCGACCGAGGCCCCAAGGAAAAGGAGGGAGGCCGUCGACUCUGCUAAGGACACCAAGGCCCAGCCUCGACUGUUUGGCAUUGGCAGCUCUGAAAAAGUGAAGCCGACUUUCGGCGUUUCAUUUGGCCUCCCAUACGGCUACGGCCAACCCUAUCCUCUCAAUCCCUUUGGUUCCGUUCCCUCCGCAGUUAACCCUUUCUUUGGUUCCGUCGGGCCAGGAGGAAUCAGUUUGGGUCCAGUCAGUGUCAAUCCUUUAGUUUCCAUUCAAGUCACUAAAGACGAUUUCGGAGAAAAAAUUAUCAAACCAUUGGUAAACCUCCACGUGACACCAAACAAGGGGUUGCUGCACAAAUUCAAGGGUCUGGUCGGUGGAAUUGGAGGCGGCGGAUUCGGAGGCGGCGGCUAUUAUGGGCCUCCUCCAGUCCAUCACGUCCACCACGGCCACAUCCAUCACGAUCACCCACCUCCACCCUUCAUCCUUCCUGGUGCGCGUCCUCCUCCCCCUCCUUACGGCCCUGGACCUUUCCGCCCCCCAUAUGGACCAGUUCCUUAUCGAAAGGGCCAGCCCGAGCAUGACGAAUACGAUGACGACUACGAUGGUGAAUACGUCUACCCAGCCGGAAGGGAGAGAGACGACGGUCCUCCCGUCAGCAGACCUUCUCAACCUUUGCGAUCACAAUACGCUCAAAAAUAUUCCUCCCCUGAAAACUACCAAAACUAUGCUAAAGUUGAUGAUUCUUUCAAAAUACCUCCCACCUCUCGUGCUAUCAAAUUCCCCAGAGAUAAACGUGAUGCCAAUGUUAAGGUAACUGAGCGUCAAUUCGGAGGAAACCAACUUGGCUACGGAAACAAGUGCGGACCACGACAGGUGUGCUGCAGAAAUCCAGGACGUCCUGCUUAUGCCCCCCAACAGAACCAGGGCUUCCCUCAGUGCGGUCGCAGAAAUGCUCAGGGAAUCAACGGAAGAAUCAAGAACCCAGUUUAUGCUGAUGGUGACAGUGAGUUCGGUGAAUACCCUUGGCAAGCAGCUAUUCUGAAGAAGGACGCCCAUGAGAGUGUUUAUGUUUGCGGAGGAACUUUGAUUGACAACCAGCACGUCAUCACUGCUGCCCACUGUGUUAAGGGAUACAAUGGCCAGGAGCUUAGAGUUCGUCUUGGAGAAUGGGAUGUGAACCACGAUGUUGAGUUCUACCCCUAUGUUGAAACGGACGUUGCCCGACUGACCAUCCACCCUGAGUUCUACGCUGGCACCCUCUUCAAUGACAUUGCUGUCAUCAAGCUCAUCAGGCCUGUUGAUUUCCAGAGAAACCCUCACAUCAGCGCUGCUUGCAUGCCUGAUGCCCAUCAAGACUACUCUGGCUCCCGCUGCUACACCACUGGUUGGGGCAAGGAUGCUUUCGGAGACUUUGGAAAGUACCAGAACAUCUUGAAGGAGGUCGACGUCCCCAUGGUCUCUCACCACCAGUGCCAAAGCCAGCUCCAGCAGACCAGAUUGGGCUAUGACUUCAAGCUCCACCCUGGUUUUGUCUGUGCCGGAGGUGAAGAAGGAAAGGAUGCCUGCAAGGGUGACGGUGGCGGUCCCUUGGUUUGCGAACGAGGAGGAUCUUGGCAGAUUGUUGGCGUUGUGAGCUGGGGAAUCGGCUGUGGCCAGUAUGGAGUACCAGGAGUCUACGUGAAGGUUGCCCACUACCUCGACUGGAUCCGCCAGAUCACAAGACAACCCUUCUAAUCUCGCAGCACCAAACACAACAGCCCAUCGUCACUCACUGUCAAAACAACAAACAGUCUUAAGUUAUGUGAAGCCCUCUUAGCUCUAGUGUUUUGAAACGAAUAAGUUAUUUCUGUUUAAUUAAGGCCACAGUAAUUUUUAAUGUGAGCAAGUGAAUUAAUACUUUGGACAUUCCGCUCAGGAGCAAUCUGCAUUAAUAAUUGCUCUUGGUGUGAUUGUCUGGAGGAAAGCGAGUAAUGCACAUUACAUGCGUAUUUGUAAAAAGCGAGCAAGUGCGAUUAAUUUUGUAUGAACUGAAUAAAGUUUAAUUUAUAAGUAAGAAA